AUGCCUCCAGGCCUCUCAGACCUGUAUGAACAGGCCACCCAAAUCCAGUCCGUUGACUGGUACGGGAUAUGGGUUGCUGCCUUGCUGGGCGUCUGGCUUCUCACGCGGUUGGCGUACCAGCUUGGUCGUUGCCGUGGCUCGUCCAUUGACAUAUCCACCGCAUUCGAGGCAAUUUUGGUUGGGGUGCUCUUGGGCGCCAACAUUGUCCUCCUACUCGUGUCCGCCCAUGGCUGGGCCCACGUCCAGCAACGUGCGGCGAAGCUCACCGUCUUGAACCUAUUGCUGCUCGGUAUGGGCCUGAUCUUUGGCCUCCCAGCCCAUCUGCUCGGAAUCAGCCAAACACAAUCGAAAUACACGUCAUCGAUCUAG